UUUAAAAGGUCCGUGACGUAAAAGACUUUGAAGUGGAAAUAUAUACCAUGAUAUCAUUCUAUAUCUGACACUAAAAGUUUUGGACGCACGCCAUGGCACUCGAAUUGCUUUUUUAAGCUUCAUCGCGAUUUCUUAUAAAUUGACAGUACAUUAAAGGGCAUUAGUAAGAACAACAGGUAUAUGGUAGGCAGGGUCGAUAAAAACAGGAAAUCAGACUUCCGAAUAAAAUUUCCGACGUUCAAGGACUCGUACCAUGAAUACGGAGUUUCUAGUGUGGAGACACACUGCGUGUUUUUCUCUUUUUCUUUUAGUUUUCGUCGGAUGUACGAUGCAAGUUUUGUCCGGAAAUGUUGGAUCCCUUGGCAAAAUUAACCCCAGAGGAAAUCACUGGGCAGUAGGACAUCUGAUGGGGAAAAAAAGCACAGAUGACAGAUUUGGCUCAGAGGACAGUGGAGUGCCUAAUAAUCAAUACCUGCAGUCUGCAGAAAAUGAUAAGAGGCUGAAAGGAAACCUGCAACCACCGCAGCCUCUUACAGCUGUCUUCCGGGCUCUGCUGGCACUGGAGAGACCAAAUGAGAUUCCACCACAUUGGGCGAUGAUUCUGGAAAAAAAGACUCAAUGGGAGAAUGAGCAGGAUAGGAACCUGAAAGAGGUGGCGCAAAUCUUGUUGCAGACUUUGACCAUGAAGGACAACAGCGCCCCUUGAGGACAUCUAUCUGAUUAACAUGUUUCAAACGUUUUUGAAGCAUUUCUCUCGAAAUAAUACCAUGUUAUAUAUGAUGUUUGAGUAACAAUUAUUUUAAAAGCUUUAACAGAUUUACAUAAUGCAAACCAUUAUCUCCUGAAAAUUGUUUUCUGUGAUUUGUAACUUGUGUUCCACUGUUAUUUAAAUGUUUCAUACUACGAUUAUGUUGAACAUACAAUAAAUCUAAAACUUUUGAAAU